AAAAAGAAAAAAGUGUUGAACACAAAUAACAGUUUAUUACAACAUUGUUGAUUUUUAUUUUUUCUACUUAUAUUAAUAAUUUGUGCAUAGCGAAAAGAACAAAAUAAUAAUAUAAAAAAAAUAUCUUAGUAAUAAUUAUCAAGUAACAUAUAGCGGUAGUUAGUGCUCAUGCGUAUUUCUGGCGCCUACAAAAACAAUAUUAGUGUAAAAGCAGAAAAUAGUGUCCAGAGAUAAAAAAAAACAAGAAUUUAAUUGAAAAGGAAUUUAAGCAAAGAAACACAGUAAAGUUUAAACAAUUUAAAUACACAAAACCGACACACACAAACAAAGUUUUGCAAACAUGCAAAACUGGGACGCUAUGCAACCCACCGCUAAUUACGACCAGCACAAUACUUGGUACAAUAAUAUGUUUGCCGCCAACAUCAAAAAUGAACCUGGCACUAUAAGCCCUACACAAUUGCAACAUGCAGCAUCAUUGUCCUCUUCAACACUCUCAACAGCAACAUCACAACUGGAAAAUUAUUUGAAACAACAACAGCAAUUAGUUCCUAUGGACACUAUGUCAGCUAUGACCCCAUCACCUAGCAACAACGACAGCAUGCAACACUUUUUCGACGGUAAUAUCCAACAGCAACUGUUGCAACAACAACAAUACCAACAACAAUUUCAACAAGCGCAACAAGCUGCUGCACAAAAUCAGGUCACAUCAAACCAUUUACCAUUGGGUUUUAAUCCUCUUACACCGCCUGGGUUGCCGAAUGCAGUUUUGCCACCGAUGUCUCACUUUUAUAAUCACAAUAAUAUGCAUACUGGUGUAAAUAAAACACCCAGUCCCCAGCCUACUCCACAAGCGAAUGUUGCAGCAAUACCUUUGGAGAGCAGCGAAAAAUUACAAUCGGCAUUAACCCCGCGUAACACACCACCUAUGGAUAUAACACCACCUAAGUCACCAAAAACUACCAACAACAGCAAUCAGUCAGAACAGCAGGGAGAUGGGCAGGCAAUAGAAAAGGAUCAAGAUUUGGUGUCUAACUCCAGUGAAGAUAUGAAGUAUGCCGUCGAUUCUGAUGAUGAUGAAGCUAUUCGUUUGCCAAUUUAUAAUUCCCAUGGCAAAAUGAAGAAUUACAAAUGUAAAACCUGUGGUCUAGUUUCUAUUACGAAAGUUGCUUUCUGGGAACAUACACGCUCACACAUGAAACCAGAUAAAAUUUUACAGUGCCCAAAGUGUCCAUUUGUUACUGAAUUGAAGCAUCAUCUGGAAUAUCAUACACGUAAACACAAGAAUAUUAAGCCAUUCCAGUGCGAAAAGUGCUCCUAUACCUGUGUUAACAAAUCGAUGUUGAACUCUCAUCGUAAAUCUCAUUCAUCUGUUUAUCAAUAUCGUUGCUCAGACUGUGAUUAUGCCACAAAAUAUUGCCACUCAUUCAAAUUGCAUCUACGCAAAUAUGAUCAUAAGCCAGGUAUGGUACUUGAUGAGGAAGGUGUACCUAACCCAUCCGUAGUAAUUGAUGUUUAUGGUACACGACGUGGACCGAAAACAAAAUCUGCUGGAGGUCUUACAAAGCGUGAACGAAUAUCUGCUGCAAAUCUUAGUAAGCAACAAUCUAAUGAAAUCAAAAUGCCAACAUCUCAAUUAUCGGCAGCCUUGCAAGGUUUCAGUAUUCCACAACAACAUCAAAUGCCUGCGUCUCCUGCCAAAAGUACCAACUCUGCUACAUCCGACAUAUCUGGUUUGGCCUUAGGCAUGAACUUACAACAACAACAGCAGCAACAACAAGCACAAGCCAAUCAAAGUGUAAAUUCGCAAGCGAACACUCAACACUCUUUGCCUAACUUAUUACCGCCAUUAGCUACGAUACUACAACAAAAUCGUAAUAUGGCUUUUUUCCCUUAUUGGAACUUAAAUUUACAAAUGCUGGCCGCACAACAACAAGCUGUGGUUUUAGCACAAUUAUCACCACGUAUGCGUGAAACUGCUUUGCAACAAUUGCAAAAUCAACAGACUGGUGGUAAUGAAUCAGCUCAUGAAGAAGAUGAUGAUGACUUUGAAAGUAAAUCCAUUGAUUCGGCAAUGGACCUAUCUCAGGGCACACCUGGUAAAGAAGAGUUGCAGCCAGUACAUGAUAUAGCUAUGAAUCUUAAAUUGCAAGAAGAAGGUUCCGAUACACCAAUGCUGAGCUCAAAUAAUGCCUCACGGCGCAAGGGUCGCGUACUAAAAUUGGAUGCAGUUUUACAAUUAAAAUCAGCUUCCCAAUCACCGGAGCAAAUGAAAGAGUCGCCCAUUUCUUUAAUUACUCACGAAAAUGAAGAACGUAUUGUCCCUUCGCCUUUUGUAAAUGAUGCACCAUCACCAUUACCAGUCAAAGUAGAUGAACAUAUAUCGGCUGGUAAGAGUAUGGAAACUACAGCUGCACCAACUGCUGUCGCAUCAGUACCACCACUACCACCAUCAGCCACUAUAAACACUAAUUCAGCUAAUACAAGCUCGAGCUCAACUGCAUCCUCAUCAGGCAACAGCUCUAAUAGCUCAAGCUCACUUUUCUCAAUCGCCCUUCAAGCCGGCGCAAUCUACGAAUGCAAAUAUUGUGAUAUAUUCUUCAGGGAUGCUGUUCUCUAUACAAUCCACAUGGGAUAUCACAGUUGCGAUGAUGUAUUCAAGUGCAACAUGUGCGGUGACAAAUGUGAUGGACCUGUUGGUCUCUUUGUGCACAUGGCACGUAAUGCACAUUCUUAAGAGGAGCCAUUAACGAGCCACUAGGCUCUUUGUGCACAUGGCACAUAAAUCACAUUCUUAAGCAAAUAACUGAGCCAAGAUUCACUUUUAUUUUAUAUUUACUUUAGUUGUUUAUUGUAAAAAUUGUAUAUAGUUUUAAGUUGUGUAUAUGGUAUAAAUCUUUAUGGGCAUCCCUGUAAUCACAUACACGAAGUUGUCCUCAAUUGUAAAUAUAACCCUCCCCCUCCCCUUUAGUUUUAAGUUAAGUGUUAAGUUUUAAGUUAAGUUAAGUUAAGUUUUAAAUUAAGUUUUAAUUUUGCUUUU